GUAUGACAAAUCCUUAUAAUAUGCCUUCUACACCAUAUGGUGGAAUCUUAGAUGCAGAUGGAUGUAGAAUGCUUGCUCGAAAGAUCUUCUCAACUUAUGAUCGUAUAAAAUACUUUUAAUGAUCUAAAUAGUUAGUAAUAAAGGAUACAUUGAUGUAGUAGAUAUUGGAUCAAUGUUUACAGAUGCAUAUCGAUCUUAAAAUUUUAUCACAAAACCUAAAGUUAAUGAAACUAAUGGAUUUAUGAAAGCUAUUAACAGUAAAUAUAUAAUCUUUAUAAUCUCUAUUAGAGACUGCUUAAAAUAGAUUAACUUUGUAGGAUAUUGAAUAAUAUUGUUUAAAAAAGUUUUGUGGAACUUCAUAUCAAUUUAAACAAUAAUAAUCAGUGAAUAAGUAAGAGUAUUUAUUUAAAACAUUUUAGAUAACCUAAUUAUAUAGAAGAACGUUUAUAAGUAGCUAGAACAUUAUUCAAAAAAUUAGAUGCUGAUGGAUCAGGUUAUAUUACAGAAGAUGAAGUAUAUGAAAUUAUUAGAGAAACUUAUAGAUAAAUGGGUAUGUAUUAUAUACUUAUUUAGGUAUGAAAUAUGAACCAACACCUGAUGAUGUGAGAAGUUGGAUACAAAUGACUGAUUCUGAUGGAGAUGGAAAAGUUACUUUAGAAGAUUAUGAAAAUUUAGUUUUGAAAUCUUUACAAUAACAAGCUAUCUCAUAUAAUUUAAGUUGA